AUGGCGCCGCAGCGGGAGAAAAAGUCAAACGAGGCGCAGAAAAGUCAGAAAGACAACGGUAUAAAAAAGUUCUUCUCAAAAGAGGAUAAGAAAGACACCGUGGAGAGAUUCGAAAAAUUUGGAAAAGGAAUAGAAGACGGGACUAUUUCAUGUGGUAAAGUAGGCGCCGACGACCAACUAUCUGAUAUUUUGGAUAACAAGGGCCAAGCACCAAUUCACAAUGAUCAGCCUCCGCCACACAAUGCCCCCGAAGAAAGCGCAAUAUCUCCGUCGCCUCAGGUGGUUAUAAACGAGCCGAACGACACAGAAGACGUCGAAAUGGAUUAUCUGGACCCCAAGUCUGCUGAUAAAAGUCAGCUUCGCUCGAGCGAACAUGAGGUCUCUCAUGAGGCAGAGGAGCGACGCAACAAACAUAACGCUCAUCAGGGUUCAUCUGUCGAAAGAGAAGCUCUCCAGAACGAGGUAUCUACUCCAGACCAAUUGGAAGAUGGCUGCUUGGCAGUUCUCACCCCAAAAGGAAAGAAAGAGAAGGGUAGCAAGAGCAGCGGAGACAAAGAGUAUGAUGAAGAUGUCGUUAUAGAUGGAUGGGGAACCCUGAAUGGCUCGUCUUUUGUCAUCAUCCAAGAUGGACCUUUCAAAUACGCCUCUUACCGCUUCGAACGGAGAAAAGGCUACUCCGAUCCUGACAAAGUCUACAUUUCAGACGAAGCAGCGCGAAUUUCUCGACUGAAGGACAAAGAGCCCUCAGGCAAAAUGAUCCCUCGAUACACAAGGGAGAAUUUCGUGGGAAUUUAUGGCAUUGUGUGUAGCAAUGGGAAAAGAAAGUCUACCUGGAUGAAAGUUAAAUGGAAGAAUAUCGGGUCUGGCGACGAUGAGAACUUGGUGAGGGGGUGCUCUUGGGAGCCGAAAACCGAGCUUGUCCGCUUCUGGGGUGGUAAGAAAGCAAGCGAGGAAAAGACGAACGAGAUCUGGGAAAAUCAAAAGAAACGCUUUGCAGAUUACCAGAAGGGAGUUGCCCCGAAGUUUGAUUCUCAAGGACGUAGCGUCUAUGAACGUUCGCCGACUCCCUGCCCACCUGAGAUGACGAUAGAGCAAUACCGACAAGAUCGAAAAGAAAAUCAAGGCCGGGAUGCUGACAAAAUCAAAACUGAAACUCCCAACGGCUUCCGGCAGCAGUUAGAUAAUCUGCAGUCUGAUAAAAGUGCAAUCAAAACCAAAGAGGAAUUCAUGGAGCAGAAAAUGAAGGGUGACGAAUGGGGAAAGCUCAGCGAUCUAGAGAAAGAGAAGCGAAAAGUAGAGCUUGAAGCGCUUUAUGAUGUCUAUCUGGAGACAGUGAGAAGCUCUGGAGAAGGUCCCAGCCACGCGCCAGAGAAGACUUCCAUUUCUGUCAGUUAA